GACAUCAACUCUAGCACUGAAUGGCGCCUUCAACAAAGCGGAAACGCCCGGGAGUGGAGGAAAUUUCUUUCGAUGCAGAGCAGCGGCGAGAGUACCUCACUGGAUUUCACAAACGUACCUUCAUAUUCCUCUGGUACUCGGGAACGCAGGCUAACAGCCGUAGGAAAACUUGCUCGGGCUAAAAAGGCCAGGGAGGAAGCCGAGAAGGCUGCGAGAGCGGAGAGAUUGGAGGAUAGGCGAAAGGUAUUUUCCGCUAUAGGUUCGAUGAGUAUCUGGACUGAUGGUUCCUAGCUACGAGAAUCUCGCAAGCAAGAAUUGAGCGCGCACGUCACCGCCAUUCAGAAGCUCUCUCGAGAAGCUGCGCUCGAAGCUGGCGGUAUUGAAAGUAGUGGUGGUGACGAAGCCGAAUGGGGCGGUAUAAACGCCGAUGAGAACGAGGAGGAUGGCAAUAUUCAUGGAGUUGGUGGGGAGGAUGAAUAUGUCGACGAGGAAAAGUUCACUACGGUUACGGUUGAAGCAAUGGAUUUAGGGAAGGAGGAAAGUGAGGAUGAGGGAGUUGUUGCCGAAAGAAUGCGGAAGCGAGAAGAGAGGGAGAAGGAGGAAGAGAGGCUGAUGCAGAAGAAGGAAGCCAGGCAAAAGAAUGGGCCCAAAGGGAAGAGAAAGAAAUUUCGAUACUUAACCAAGAGCGAGAGGCGGCAGGAUCGAGCCAAGGUAAAGAUGGGAAAAGCGAGGAGGAGAGGGGAGAGGGAGGGAGACAAGGAGGGGCAGAGGAAGGGAGGGAGAUCGGGUAAAGGGAGGAAGAAGUGAGGCUGCUGGCGGGAUCAUGUAUAAAUGUAUGAUAUUAGGUGCAAAGUAAUAAUGGUCCCUUUAGAUAUGGGAAUCUCGUAUC